UCCUUUGUGUCACUGGGGACCACUCAACACCCGUCGAAUAUGGGGACCACAGCUUUGAACCUGUCCCGUUCUCAUUAUGUAGUCUGAAGGACUUUGUGGGUGCUGUUGGGGGAGAGGCAGUCCUGUCAGAAACCUCACUGGAUCCAUUUCCCCUUCCAGUGAACAAUGACGGUAAAGACAUUUUGACUGCUGAUUUGGGAGUAGAAAGGAGAAAGAAGGGCAAGGGUUUUAGUGGGGACUCGGUAGCAGAGUUCAAUGAAAUAGCAGCAGCAAGAGGUUGCCUUGGACGGUUCUCUGGGAGUGAGAUGAUGGGAGUUAUAAACACAUAUCUUAAGCUAAAAGCAUAAUUUCAAGAUUGCAUGGAAUUAUGGAGUUAUGGUUUAACCAGAAACAAGGCAGCUUUCAAACAUCUUAUGGAAGAAUACUAUAAAGUAUGAGAAAGGAGUACACAGGGGCUGAUACCACAUUGUACAUGAUGUACCCAUUUCUGAGAGCUGUUCAAAUUAUUGUUUGUAGGAAUAAGUAGUAAUUAUAAAAAAAACACAAUAUUUCCCUGUUUAAGAAUGAAAAAA